AUGAAAGGGUUUUUUUGGGGGGAACCUAAUCGGAUGGAGCGGAGAUCUAACGCGGGGGCCUGCGAUCAGAUAGUUCAAGGCACGAAUGAUGAUGCAACCGCCAGUAAACUACAUGCAGUGAAACGCGGCUAUUGGAUUGAUCCAUACAUUCGCUAUUUUUGCUUCUCCAGUACUCCUAAAUCUCCCGAAAUAAACCGAGGCUAUUUUGUCCGUACUCAAGCAUUCAAGGCCCUGAAUUUUUCUAACUCUUUUCCAAAGCACAAUCAUGGUGAAUGCCAAAUAGUGAAUCUGGGAGCUGGUUCGGAUACUUUGUUUUUCAUCUUACGAGACGCCAAUCUACUACCUAGGAAGUUUAUCGAAAUUGAUUUGGGUUAUAACGUUAUGCGGAAGAUUACCAUAAUAAAAAACAGGAAACUUUUCACUGAAUCGGAAAUUGCAUCAGGUCAGUUAUUAGCUGAUGACUUCUUCUCUGAUUAUAUUCCUUUGUUGUUUCGUAAUCGUCGCUUACUUCAUUGUUUAAAACUGAUUUAUAAACUAGGAAUCAUAGGAUCUCAAAAGAAUAAAGUGAUGGAUAUCCACAGAUGUAUUAUGUUUUUAUGCGAUGGAACAAUCGCGGGUUCUCAACUGGUGCAAUACGGCAGAAAAAUACAGUUGGGUUACACGCCGAUUGACCAAAUCAAAUGA